CCAAAUCUUUCAAUGAUGGCUGAACGGUGAUUAGCCAAGGGGAAGCCCAUUCUUUUGUCUGUUAUUUUUGGAAGAUUCAGUUUGGAAUGUCGCAAAAUUGCACCGUUCGUGAAUCAAUCAUUAUUAAAAUGUUCAUUAGUGAAGUCAGUGCAGUCGGUUGAGAGAUCCGAAGUUCGGUUCGACGAUCCGUGUGUCCACUUCAGUCUUGGUGGACAGUGUCUGUGCUAGAAUCCAUUGAUUUUCAUAAUUCUGCCUUUCUGUUCUAGACUUUGACUCCCCAGUCGUUCUAUUAUUAUAUUGUUCCCUAUCUCGCUAGCUCAUAAUUCUGAAUGACUUCUUGUAAUUUUUUUUAAAGUAAAAUCUCUUUUGAGUGUUAGCUCCAAUCUUGUCACCGAGCGUCCAACAGUUGCACGCAUGUGUUUCCCGCAUAGAUGUUGAGGUCCUGGACUCCACGACAUCAUGAAUAAUCACCUCAAUUCAGAGAAUUUCAAUAUCAACGAUUUGUCACCUGAUCAACAGAAAAUGCUAAUUGAAAUCAGGAGAAGGAAAGCAGAGUUGCUGCUUGAGAUUCAGCAAUUGAAAGAUGAACUGGGAGAAGUCAUGUCAGAAAUGGAGAACAUGGAUGCUGCAGAUGACAGUAAAAACCAAACAAGAACUAAACAGAUGUCUAUUGGACGGAAAAAGUUCAACAUGGACCCGAAGAAAGGUAUUGAAUACUUGGUGGAGCAUGGGCUGCUGGAACCAACGCAAGAAGACGUGGCUGCAUUCCUGUAUAAAGGAGAAGGACUCAACAAAACGGCCAUUGGAGAUUACUUGGGUGAAAGAAAUGAAUUUAAUGAGCGUGUCCUAAAGUCUUUUGUUGAGCUCCAUGACUUCACGGACUUAAUUCUUGUUCAAGCUUUGAGGCAAUUUCUGUGGAGUUUCCGACUACCAGGUGAAGCUCAAAAAAUUGAUAGGAUGAUGGAAUGCUUUGCCCAACGAUACUGUCAGCUAAAUCCAAAUAUAUUCACUAACACUGAUACAUGCUAUGUACUAUCAUUUGCAAUAAUCAUGCUGAAUACAAGUUUACACAAUCCAAGUGUGAAGGACAAACCAUCGGUUGAACAGUUUAUUUCAAUGAAUCGAGGAAUCAACAAUGGAGGAGAUCUUCCCCGAGAACUUCUCGUCAGUUUGUAUGAAAGCAUCAAGACAGAGCCUUUCAAAAUACCAGAGGAUGAUGGAAAUGACCUCAUGCACACUUUCUUCAACCCAGACAAAGAAGGCUGGUUGUGGAAACAAGGUGGUAGAUACAAGAGCUGGAAGAGACGUUGGUUCAUCCUAAAUGACAACUGUUUGUACUACUUUGAGUACACGACUGACAAGGAGCCUCGUGGUAUUAUUCCUCUAGAAAACAUCCAAGUGCGAGAAGCCAGCGAUAGGCACAAACCACACUGCUUCGAGCUUUUCGCCACAGGCUCAGACUUCAUCAAGGCCUGCAAAACGGACAGCGAAGGCAAAGUGGUCGAAGGGAAGCACACGGUAUACCGCAUGUCAGCUGCCACGUCUGAGGAGAAGGAUGAAUGGAUUCACUGUCUAAGGCAAAGCAUAAGUCAUAAUCCGUUCUAUGACAUGCUGGCCGCUCGCAAGAAGAAAGCCCAAAAAACAAGUGGCCACCAUCACGCUCAUCAAGGCAAGAGCUAAGUACCCUGCCAUUAUAGUAACUUCUUCCCUGAAUCUUUUUAACUUCUUUGUAUAGUAUUUUUUCUUACCAUUGAUCAAAUGCCCUUCCCAUUAUUUUUAGCAUGUACUUAAUCUUACCAGCCAGAAGAGUUUGAAUAUCCCUAAAUCACACAGCCUAGAUGAAAGGCCUUCCUGAAAGUGGAAAAGAGUAACACUAGAGUUGCUUAGUGUUCACCUCCUUUCAUUGAGUGUAACCUAUUCAUUUGUGGGGAUGGGAAUUUUUCCCCUUGAUGAAGAUAUAUCAUGACAGCUGUUUCUUCCACAAUUGAACCAAUUCUUUUCCUAACGGCUCAAGGCCAAAACCAACUUUCAAGAAAAACCGAACAAAGUGUGCUGUUGAGCAAGCUUUUAAUCUUUUAAGCCUACUUGCAGUGAAUAUUCUUCAACAUACAUUUUUUGGGCUCAAAAGAUUGAACGUACAGUUUUUCCUGAAACUUGGAUUUUGGCACUGGGGCCCUUGAGAAAAAUAUUGGUUCAACUGAGAAACAUGCAAACUUAUCUCUCGUAUAUUUAUAGAUUUUCUGUCCUAUUUUGGUCCUGCUUGAUACAAAAUGAUCAAGCAAUGCUCCCACAAAAGCCCAUUUUGCAGAGAAAUGUUUUGUAAACUAAUUUUUUUUCUCUCUAAAAUUACCCAGAGAAAAUUAUUCAUAGGAACCAAAAAUUUUAUACUAGAAACGCAGAAAAUUUUAAGAUGAAAAAUUGAAAGUUUUUCCCAACAUGUUCAUUCUCAUUCUUUUUAAGAUUAAUUGCUCAUUCAAGUUUCUGAUUUUUAUGUAACCAGAAUAGUCACAUAUUUUAGCAAUGUUUCAUUAAUUUUUUUAUUGAAAACACCCUCUUUCAAUAAUCUUCAGAUUCUGUCUCCUAUACUCAAAAUUAUAUAGUAAGCAUAUUCAUCACAUGGACGAUUAAGCAUAGCUUUAAGAAAGUAUUAUGUUCUAGACUUUGAAAACAGAAGGUCAUCCUUAUUAUAUGCCAAAGUAAUCAAAAAGUUUAACAUUUAAUCGGUGGGACUAAGUCAAGUUGAAGGAAAAUGUUUGCCAUCAUGUGUAAAAACAUAAAGAGACAUCUUUUUUUUAAGGAGGUUUGAAAAGCCUUCUUGAAUUAAUUAUAUUUUCAACGCAACGUUGGUAAAUAGGAAUGUUUAUCUCUGUAUUGUUCUCUAUUUAUGAGCAUCACGAUGGCAUUGGUUCCUGUCCCUGUCAACUAAGUAGUAUUCUUUCUUAUAAGCAAAUAUCAUCACUGUUAAUUAAAAUGAAGGGAGUUAACUCGUUUUAACUAUUACGUCCUGCACAAAACUAAUCGUUAUUUCUGAUUAAAAGAUAAAUUCAGAAACAAAUUUUCCAUUCACUUCUUUGUUUGUAAGAUAUUUCUUUUUUAACUAAAUUUAUCAUGAGUUAUUUUUGUAACAAAUCUUCAAGUUUAUUAAAGCAUCCACAAGGAAAUUGUCGUGAAAGCGGGAAGACUGAGUCAAUACAGUGACCGCUAAUUGUAAUCAGCCAUUUUUGAAGUGAUCCAUCUUCUUUUUCUAAGAUACUAUUUCUAAUGCUCUCCCUCAAACAUGGAUUAUUCUAAUUUCCAUUCUUUCUGCUAAAAAUUAAUUUAAGCUCAAGUACAAGAAUAUUUCAUUUAACAAAUAAAAACUAUGUCACUCAUGUUAAUACAGGAGAGCAGUAAAAAGCGUUUUCGAAAAGGGAGUUGAUUUGUCUGGGAAAUGGCAGCUUAUUUAAUUUUCACUAUUAUCUCUGAAUUUUUCAUGCUUUUAUACCAAGGUUUUCUCAAAACAAAACAAAUUAGUAUGAAAAUACUGACAGUGCAUAUAUAUUUUAUUUAAAAUGUAAUCAAUAUGUAAAAUGUUAGAAAUUCAUGUAUUCAUGUAAAAAAAUUACUUUAAGUUGUAAACUUAGAUUGAAAAUCAAAUUAUUGAACUAAAAAAUUUUAUAUGCGUUUCGAUUUGUUUAUAAGUGAAGAAGAAAAGAAACGGUAGCGUGAAAUAUCACAAGCUACAAACUAUGUUGAAUAACCAUUAGCAACCUCCUGUUUCAACUGACAAUGAAUCCUCCGUAGGCAGUUUGUCCAUAGAUGAGCUUCUUACUGUUUAGUUAGUUGUUACUAUUAUUUAAUUUUUUUUCUUUUUUUUCUUUCAUCAUGUGAAUUUUUUUCCUCUCAUGUUAGUCAGACCAAGCUCUUCAUGAAACAAUAUGAUUGCAAUGCAUCUAUAAAAUGUCUGCAUUUGUUCCAAACAAAUAAAACAGGAAGUAGAACAUUGCCGGUAUGAUGAAAAUAAUGUUUUUUAAGAAUUUUUUAUUAAUUUUUUUUCAUUUCCAAAAGAAGAAAUAUAUUAUAAAAACUGUUUAUCAUUUGAAUAGCUAUUCAUUUUUAAUGAGAGUUCAUAGGUGAUUUCACGGAAAUAGGUGUCAGAUGGUGAUAGGUCUGCUGUGGGUUUGCACGAUGGCAUCACUGGUCUUUAUCCUUGUUUCAUACUCUUAUUUAAACUGUCCAGUGUCCAUUUGGUGGAUUCCUUGACUGCAAUUGGGCGGCAACACUGUGUCCUCAUCUGACAUUUUCCUGAAAAUUUUGCCGAAAAAAUAUUUUGUGCACUUUUUUGCUCAUUUUAUGGUGGUUUAGGGUGACCACAGUGAUCACUGACUGGCUUUGAUAGUUAAUUUAGAAGUCAUGAAAUAGAUAUUUUGCAGUUGUUAUGUUUCAGGAAAAAUUACCUGAAUUUCCUGUUAUCACUCCAUUUUUCACGUUUUAACCUUCACUGAAGUGGUUCAAGUCCUUGCCUUGAAAUUGCCUUAACUUGACUUUUGGUCUUGCUUCAUUCACAUGAAUCACUUACGUAGUUGAAUGAGUCACAAAAAUUCACGGUUAUUGUUCAUGCUUCCGAUUAGAUGUGUGUAAUUAAUGACCUAUCCCUAAGAAAAAUACAUUUUUUGUGACUGAUGCAUUAAACCAUUGCUGUAGAUUAGUUUUUAUCCAUUACUGUACCAUUUACUCAUCUGUUCCCCAUACUUAUCUUGUGUUUUGUCACUUAAGAACAGUUGUGAACUAUCACAUUUUGUCUCUUGAAUUUCCAAAACUUUUGACAAAGCGAGCAUUUCAUGAUGUGGCUCUUCAUAAUAAUUAAAUAUUUUUGGUUUUUGUGAUGUUCAAUUAAUGUUAUCGAUGAGAAAUGGAUUGUUAAAACUAAGAGAUCAUCGUAAGCAUUUCCAGCCCUCUCAUAUACCAGCGGUAAAAUUUGCAGAAGGAAGGCUUAUAAUAGUCCAGGUGGGCUCCUGGAUUUUGUUAUUUGCACAAACAGCAUCGCACCUGAGAUCAUUGCUGCCUGCUUCACCUGAUGAGCUGGACCGAAAUACCGAACGCCUCCAUGUUACAUGGAGCCCUUCUUCCAGAAUUCUCCUCAAUUUCAGGUCAUCGAUGCUUUUUAGUUUUGUUAUGUAACGAAAGCUUAAAACGUAUGAGUAACAGAUGAAUAACUGACCAAUAACCAAAACUGCUCUGUUGCCAAUGAUUCUAAAAUAAUAGCCUUUGAUCUGUGCCCAAAUUUUGUUAUUCGCUUUAUCCAGGAUGCGUAUGGCUCAAAUUGAUCAUGAAGUUUGUAUGCGAACUCUCUGAUGGGCUGAUUCCACAGAUUUUUUUAUACAUGAGUUCCCGACGGCUGCAACCUACAAAAUUUGGGCUCAGCUCUGUGGCUGUUUUUGUUGUUGUUAUUGUUUUUAUUGUUAAUUCUAAGCGAUCAGUUGAUAAAUUAAAAUUCACCUAAUAUUGCUCCAGUCAUUAUAAAGACAAUAUUUUCUCUAUAAAUUUUUAUACUGUACAAUCAUACAUAGUUUAUUUUUUGUUGCAAAUGUAAAUAAAUCAAUUUGUAUAAUAAAACAAAUUUCUAAGAAGUUAAAA